GGGCUGACGGGACCCCUGAGGUGGGCAGCAGUGCUCUCCACAAGCAGAGAGGUUUUCCCGCCUUCCAGGGAGUGUGCUGCUCCUCCUCAGCCCUCUGAAGGCUGGGGCUGCACAGGCCGGGGCGAAGCAGGCUGUCCUCUCACAGGUCCAUCUUGCAAUUGCAUGCUGGAGAUUCUGAUGAAAUAUUCCAGAAGUAAAUGAAUCACAGCCAUGAAGAAAAUCAAUGUGGUGAAUCUUGAUAAACUUUUAGACAACUUCUCAGAGAUAGAAAAGAAAAUUUCAGAAAUUAAUGAAGCAAACAAACUAUUAGUUCUUCAGCUGGAAAAUUCUAACAGGAUGUUAACAUUAAGCCAAUCAAGGGAGGAAUCGGUAAAAGAAGAAUGUACUACUCUACGGAAUGUGAUAAAGGGUCUCACACAAACUCUUGAAAACCAGUGUAACAUAAAAGAUGAAAACGACAGACUGAAGGCAAACAUUCAUGUCUUGGAAGAUAAAUUAAAGGCUUCUGAACAGGAGUAUAAAGAUGAGAUUGAGAAACUCACAAUAGAAAUUCAAAACAAAGAGGAAGACCACAAAUCAGAAAUAGCACAGUUGAGCUGCACCAUGAGGAAAAAAUCUGAUGCAAAAGAGAUGGAGUACAAGGAACAGAUAGAGAAAAAAGAAAUGGAAAUAUUGGAGCUGACUAGACAGCUGAAAACUCAAGAUGAAGAGAAGCAGAAUGAAAUAAUUAAACUGCAGAUAGAGUUCAAUGCUAAAUUGGCAAGAGUUCAGAACAAAACAACAAAAUCAUUUUCAGACGCUUCUGUUCUGCCACAAAGCAUCUAUCGGAGGAAACUACAGCACCUCCAGGAGGAGAAAAACAAGGAAAUUGAGAUCCUCCGAAACACCAUAAGAGACUUAGAGCAACGUCUUAAUAAAGUCCAAGAUCUGAGCUUGAAACGGAGGCGGUUUUAAGUAAAUAGCACAAGGCAUUUCAGUAGGACAUACAGGAAACAGCAUAUUUCAAACUGCACCCGAAAGUAAAAACAAAAUACAAAGAAAUGCUGGAUAUUUUUUUAUUGAAAAGUCUCUUGUCAAAUAAUCCAAAGGCACAUGUUUUGUUUAUAUUCAGUACUACUUUCUUGCUAAUCAGCAUUCACCACAAAAAUAUUCAGCUUUCAUAGGAGUAAUGAUUUCCCUAUUCAAUCAUCAUUAAUUAUGGCGUAUGCUUUCAAAGCAGCUUUCCUUUCUUGAAUACUCUGCUCAUCCAGGAAUCCUUUGAACAAAAGAAUUUUUACUUCAGCAUGGUUAAUCUAAAUUAGAAAAUGCUAAGCUACACACAAAGAAAUGAUAAAAAUGUCAGUGGUAUAUUGCCUUACUAAUCAAUACAUAUUGCAGGUAACAAAUUGCGUACUGUCAUAAGCAAAGAAAAGUAUUAAGCCAAGACUGAGUUUAUCCUGUCUCUUUUUUGAUAGAGGCAUUGAUUCUGCACAGAGAGCUGUUAAUACUGCUUCUCACUUCAGGCAUGAAUUUAUUGAUUGAGUGGGAUUUGACAAACUUGGUGCUACAUUUAAUCCACAGAAGUUAAGUAUGUGAUCUGUUACUUUAAAACAAUGCAGUUACUGUUCAAUCUUACACUUGAGAUAAAAAGUUAUUUUGGUCCACGGUUUAGCAUUAAGCUUUGCUUGUACAUAUUUUGUAUUACUACUUUAGAAAACAAACAAACAAAAAAAA